UGAGGAAAGGCGUUGAAGCUGAAGUGAACGAGUCCAGAAGGAUCAGAGAGGACGCACCAACAGUUUGUACUCCGUUACUCCUCAAACAUGGGAACUUUUUUAGACCGUCUACUGUUUCUGCUUCUUUUACUGUCAUCUGCCUCCAACGUCAUCGGGUCCAACAUUUGCACAUCAAGAGGAGUCACUACUUGUAACCAGUGUUUGGUUGUUCACCCCAGCUGUGCAUGGUGUUCACAGGAGGAGUUUGGGAAGGGAGGGUCCAGUCUGUCCCGCUGUGACCUGAAGCAGAAUUUACUGGAUAAUGGGUGCAGCGCUGGGGCUUUGGAGUUUCCUUCAAGCACCUUGAAGAUCCAGAAGGAUGCACCGCUCAGCGACAAGGCCUCUGGGACGGCUGCAGAUGUCACACAGAUAAGGCCACAGAAACUUCAUAUGACACUGAGACCAGGUGAUUCCAAGCGUUUCCCAGUGUCAGUAAAACAAGUGGAGGAUUACCCAGUGGACCUUUACUACCUGAUGGAUCUGUCGUAUUCCAUGAAGGACGACUUGGCCCGACUCCGAACCCUGGGCAAUGAACUGGCAGCGACCAUGGGUCAGGCCACGAGUAACCUACGCAUGGGCUUUGGAGCUUUUGUGGACAAGACCACGUCCCCUUAUAUGUACACCUACCCCCCAGAGGCAGUGAAAAACCCCUGCGAUGGUAUUAGUGAAACAUGCCAGGCCCAGUUUGGGUUCAAGCAUGUGCUCACGCUGACAGAGCAGGUAUCUCGCUUUACUGAGGAGGUGGGGAAGCAGCAGGUGUCCAGAAAUAGAGACGCUCCUGAGGGCGGAUUUGACGCCAUCAUGCAGGCUUCAGUAUGCAAGGACAGGAUCGGCUGGCGUCCAGAUGCCACGCACCUGCUGGUUUUCACCACUGAUGCUAAAACUCACAUUGCUCUGGAUGGACGUAUCGCUGGUAUCGUCCAGCCCAAUGACGGACUGUGUCAUCUGGAUAGUAACAACAAUUACAACGAAUCUACUGUGUUGGAUUAUCCAUCCUUGGGACUUUUGGCUGAAAAAAUGUCUGAAAACAAUAUCCGUUUAGUUUUUGCCGUGACCAGCUAUGUGGAGCCACUUUACAAGGAUUACAGUAGCCUCAUUCCAGGUACCGUUGUGGGGAAGCUGUCUGGUGAUUCAGGGAAUGUUAUUCAACUCAUCGUGAAGGCUUAUGAGGAUAUUCGCUCUAAAGUGGAGCUGGAGCUUCGUGAUGUCCCAGAGGAGUUAAAUCUCUCCUUUAAUGCCACUUGCCUCAAUGGGGAAAUUAUCCCUGGAGUCAAGUCCUGUUCUGGCCUCAAAGUAGGAGACACGGUGUCGUUCAAUGUGGAGGUCCAGUUACGAAGCUGCCCCAAAGAGAAGAGUCGCACUUUUACCAUUAAACCUUUAGGCUUUAAGGAUUCCCUGGAGGUCACUGUGGACUUCGCCUGUAGCUGCGGUUGUGAGGCCAACGCCGAGGCUGACAGUCCCCACUGCAACCAUGGAAACGGAACCUACGAGUGCGGCGUAUGUCAGUGUCACCCGGGUCGCCUGGGCCCGCAGUGCGAGUGUUCCGUGGAGGACUACAGUCCGUCUGAUGACGUCAACUGCAUCCACAAACAGGGCAGCCCCAUCUGCAACGGCAGAGGAAACUGUGUGUGUGGACAGUGCACCUGCCACGCAAAUGACUUCGGCCAAGUGUGGGGAAAGUACUGCGAAUGUGACGAUUACAACUGCCCUCUGUACAAAGGAGCUCUGUGUGCAGAUCAUGGGAAGUGUAACUGUGGGUUCUGCCAAUGCGACGCCGGAUGGGAAGGAGAAAACUGUAACUGCACCACGCGAACCGAUACCUGCAUGUCCAACAUCGGCCUUCUGUGCAGCGGUCGAGGAGCAUGUGACUGUGGGGUUUGUCAGUGUACUCAGCCUGGGGCCUAUGGAGCAACCUGUGAGAAGUGUCCCACGUGCCCCGACUCCUGCACUAUAAAACAACAAUGUGUGGAGUGUCAGCACUACAAGAGAGGACAAUACACCAAAGACAACAGCUGUAAUAGAAUCUGCAGAGAUGAAAUCCGACCAGUGGAUGCAGUGGGUUUCAAAGGCAAAAACGCAGUGAACUGCACGUACAAAGAUGAAAAUGACUGUGUGCAGCACUUCCAGUAUUAUGAAGAUGAAAGUGGAAACUCCAUCCUGGAAGUGGUGAAAGAGCCAGUGUGUCCUGAGGGUCCUGACAUCUUGGUGGUGCUCUUGGCGGUGGCUGGGGCCAUUCUGUUACUGGGGCUGAUUGGGCUCCUUAUCUGGAAGCUGCUGGUCACCAUCCACGAUCGCAGAGAGUAUGCCAAGUUUGAGGAGGAGAGAGCCAAAGCCAAAUGGGAUACGGCUCACAACCCGCUGUAUAAAGGAGCCACGUCCACCUUCACAAAUGUAGCAUACAGAGGCAACUAGAGGCCGAAUACAAUGAGGAAAUCUCAGGGCUUAAGACAGAGACGGAAUGUAAUGUACGAUCCUCAACACUGUCACGUAACGGCUACUGAAGCUGAAAGGUAGCCGGAGCAGAAACAAGAUGCAGCAUUUGUAUGUAUUGUAAAAAUACUGACCAAAGCUUUUUAAUGUUAAGUCACUGAAAGUUGUUCUUUUUGGCCAAAUUCCUGAUCUGUGGAGGUCUGUAAGUACUGUGCACUCAGAGUUUAUUAACUGGUUUACAAUGAGGGAAACUGCUGCUGCCACAUUUGUUGGGAGGCUUUUCUACCACUGCAAUAUUUGUUGCUUCAACUUUGUUUUAUUGUUUUAUGCACAUUUUGUACCACAUCAAAUCACCAGGAGUAGCUGUAAGUCAAUAAAGACAGUAAAAAAAAAAAACGAUUUGACAUUUACAGACUGUCUUUUCCUGUAUAUAUUUGUGUCUAGAGUUUUUUUUUUUAUGGGUGCCCACGAUGAAAACAUGUGGAAAUCUUCCUGUAGCAUGUUCUUUAUUCUGCAGUAUGACGUGUUUGUGUUUGGGUGUUUUUAAAGCUGUUCUAAUUUGUGAAAUUGUGUAAAAAUGAGUGAGUUCUUAUCGUUUAAGGUGUUUCUGUUUUUACACUGUAUUGUCUUUGUGUACAUGAGCAGAUUUGCUUGCACAUCAAGCUUCCAGCCCCGCUCUAAAGACAUGUAGAUGUUAAUUAAAAAAAACUUGCUUUUGCAUUUUAGGUACCUCUGUAAGGUACAUCGGAUUAAAGUGUGAGGGUUUUUCUGUGUAGUCUGGUUUGAUAGUUCUGAUCUUUUAUCAGGACGCUGCUUUUUUUUGCACAGUUGUUUAACAGAUGUCUGGAUUUGUCUCUAGUUUGUUACACAUAAGACUUCAUUAAACAUGAAUUGAUUCAG